AUGGGACGAGCCGACAUGGGACAGGCGCAUCAAGGGAUUUUUGGCGCCCCCGUUUUCGACCGAAAUGACGGCGAAAAUGGGCCGCGAACGCCGCCACGCGCGACACCGCCCCGCGGCGGUGACGCGGACUUGGACGCCGCCACUUCGGGCACGUGUUCGGAACACGCCUCGCCCCUGGCCCUGCAACUGCCUGCGCGCAGCGACGUCUCUGGCGCGCGCGCGGCAGCCCGGUCUCCGGUCCCGACAUUGGGUACCGUUGAAGACCGGGGAGAGGCCCGGCGACACCCCGUUGGUACCGGUGAAGGUACCUUCGGGCCUAUACUUGGCUUAAGUAUAGGGGUCGCCGUGGCUUCCCACAACGCGCAACAACACGUGACGACGGCCACGGCUCAAGAUGGCGCAGCGUGCGUCGGCCCGUUCGGGGCCUCAAGCACACCGCCCGCCGCCUCCUCCGCGCGCCGUUCGGCUUCCCCCGCCUGCCUGGACGCUCCCGCCGCUGCCAUGGCCUCGCAGGACUCGCGUGCGAUUGUUGGCAUACCCGGCAGGGCGGGCGUUACGCUGCCCGACCGGGUAUCGCCCGGACAAGGACAAGGACUGCAGAGCGACGGCUCCCCGGGCGCAAGCAUGCGGCGCCCGGGUACCAAGACGUGCACCAAGGACGACGACACGUUGCGGAGCGCCCUCCCAGACGUGGGAGCGGCCCAAGACACUGCGACUGAUGCUGUUGGACCCGGCAGGGCGGCACGCAUGCUGCCCGACCGGGUCCAGCAUGGACUUCUGCGGAGCAACGGCUCCCCGGGUGCUCACAGGCAGCUCCCGGGUCCAGACGCGUGUGCGACGGCUCCCCCCGCCCUCCCGCUCGGCCACCAAGCCCCCGCCGCUGCCCAAGACCCCGCGAAUGUUGCUCCCCCACCCGGCAGGGCGGCACGCAUGCUGCCCGACCGGGUGGACGUGCAAGACACUCAGAGCAACGGCUCCCCGGGCACACAGACGUCCUGCCCGGGUCCCAGGACAUGUCCAUCGGCUUCCUGCGCCCCUCCGACUGCCUCCCCGGCCCCCGACCUGCCCCCAAGACCCAGCACGUUUGUUUUUCAACCCGGCAGGGCGGGUGGCAUGCUGCCCAACGGGUCAGCGCUUGCAGCCGCUACGGCUCGCGCACUGGGUGCCUUCCACGGCCCCAGCGACCCAGAGGACGACAGCAGCAGCGACGGGGAGGGCUCGGACGCAUCCUCGAUGGACCACGACGCUGCCAGACCAAGUGAUGACGACCAGCUCGGGCAUGUAGCUACGGAGCUGCCUGCCCGAGCUGGAUACACUGCAGUGGCCACGGCCCUACCCAUGGGCAUGCACGCCGCCCCUCACGAGGCCGUGUCCACUGCAGCAUCCGUAUAUGUCCCAUUUUUACAGGUUUGUGACGGCCAGCUCGGCGGGCAGGCACACAUGCAGCCCGACCGAGCUGGGAUUGCCGCUCCGCCGCCUCGCGGCGGCGAGCCGCUUGUUUUUUCCGGGCCCUGCCCCCGCCAUGACGACCGCACACCCGGCAGGGCGGGUAGCAUGCUGCCCGCGGGUGCUGCCGAGGCUCCUGCCACGACCGCAGCCGUCCCCAUGGAGGUGGACCAGGGCGCGACGUGGCAGGCAGGCAACCUCCGUAUGCCGUUGAUGGCUCGAGUUGGAGGUAAGCGUCGCCGUCUUAAUGAUGCCGACGACGAAGAUACCCGAGAGCUGGCACAGCACUUGCUGGACGAGGAUGGAGGCACUGUUCAUAUCCCGGUGCCAAGGCCGUCCAAGGCCAGCGCCCACCCAGCCUCCGUUCUCUCCGUGUAUGCUCACAACGCGCAGAGUUUUACUUGCACGUUGUGUGCAUACACGGCUGCCAGCUUUGCUUCCCUCCGCCGCCACAGAGACUCUCGGCAUCGCCACACUGCCUUCCUGGACCGAUUUUCGGCUGGAUGCGCUUGUGGCGUGCCCUUUGCGUCGAGACUGGCUGCUGCACACCACGCGGACGCGUGCGCCGGUCUCCGUAUCGUCCAGGCAACGGCUUCGUCGGUUGAUCGAGCACCAAGCCCAGUUGCCGUCGAAGCUCGAGCCGCCGUCGUCGCGGCGGUCACAGUCACGCCUGCCAUCCCCGCUCAAGAUUUGGCGGAGCUCGUGGCUUCCCCCCGCCACCGAGCUCCAUCAACGGUUGCUGAGCGCCUUAGCACCAUCCCACUACCACGUUGGGGACCUCCUCUUCCUCGGCAGGUGAUCGCGUCACGCGUCGCUGCCCGACUGGACCAGACACCUGCGCCUCGGUGGGGACCGCCGUUACCUCGUCGCGUGGUGGCGUCGCGGAUUGCCGACAGGCUUCUACCGCGCGAGCUAUUGAUGGAGGAAGAGACCAAGGAGGGCGAGUCGGAGCCCGAUGAAGACCUGCCCAUGACGGAAGUUGAACCGCCUAGCGCUUCUACCACCAUGCCGGCUGAUCUUGCGGACAUCUCUCCGACUCCGCGCGACUCCGGCGUCUGGCGCCUUCAAUUUGAUGGGGCCUGCCGCAGCAAGUCCGGCCCAGGCGGUGCUGGCGCGAUGGUUUACGAUCCUUCUGGAGCUGUUGUUUGGACAGGGUCCCACUACAUACCAGGCACCGCCGAGACAAACAACACGGCCGAGUAUGCCGCUCUAUUGCUCGGUGCGCGUGCCGCGGCGGACCAUGGCGCAAGGAAACUCCGUGUGGAAGGAGAUAGUCAACUUGUCAUUCGCCAGGUCCAAGGUAUCUACGGGACCAAGAGUACGAGGAUACGUCUACUCCGUAACGCUGUUCGCCUAGAGUUGGCUCGUCUCGAUAGUCACUCGCUUCACCACAUUGACAGGCAAGGCAACGUGUUUGCGGACCGCCUUGCAAACCGUGCACUGGCCAUGCAGAGUACUAAGGUGGAGUGCAAGAACCACUCGUCACCCACACCCUGUGUGACCGUCAUGUCGACCGCGCCGGUGCCUGCGCCUUCGUCAUCCGCGGUUCUUGCUGUCGACGUGGCUUCCUCGGAUGCUGUUGACGACGACCUGCCCGCGGACAUCGACGAUGGUGAAGUCUACGCGCCAUUGACUCUUGGACCGGACGCAGUGCCUGCUAGGCGGCCUCGGCUCCGUCUUCGCCAUCUCGAUGACGCGGCUUAUGGCGAAGCGUGUGUGGUGGUAGAACGCCUGGGCGCCGCGCUCUCGGCAAAGAUCACGGACGCUGAGGACUGGGUGACAGCGGAGGGAUACAUCACUGCCCUCCCUCACUUGCUGUACGACAAACUGCAACCGUUCGCCCAGUCCCAGCAGGGUCCAGCGCGCACUUCGACGACUCGCGUCUGCCGACGCCCUGUUGCCCAGGCGACCCAGGCCGCUCCUCGGGAUGUUCAUGCUGACAAUGUUACCAACUCUGCGUCUAUGACUGCGCCUACGCUCCGGCGCAGGCGUCGGGGGCGUCGUCGAGGCAAGCGACAACGCCGUCAGCCGCGCCGCUCUGGUAUUCAGUCUCAUGGACAGAAACGAGUGCAGGCCCGCCAGCCGCGACCACCACGUGUGACAGCGCACCACCGCGAGCAUCGCAUCGAUGAAGCACUGGACGAACUUCACGCCAUCGAGCGCUCAACGCCUCAUGACCGCUCUUUGAUUGACAAGGCGCGUCGACGAGUUGGUCGUAUCCGAUCAGCCAUUGACCAGCAUGUACUGCGCCACACAUUCGAUACCGAAGAGAAGGUAUGUGUGGACGGUAUCCUUGCUAAGGCCCAGGCAAAGCGUGCGGCAAGUGCGGCACGUACAGCUGGUGGCAGGGUGCCUGCUACUACUACUGUUCCUGAUGAUGGCGUUUGCCCAGUUCCAGGUGACCAAUUGUGGCAAUACUUCACCAUGGUCAACACUCCGACCGGCGAUUUUGAUGCUGACGCGCCGGGUGGGGCUGUCUUUCGCGAUGCGCUAGCCCGUCUACCUGCUACCAGGAUCUUUAGCGAACUUCUUACAGCUGCCCCAAGCACGGAAGACGUUGAGGCCCAGCUCCAACACGUUCGUGGCACCUCGAGCCCGGGUAUGGAUGGUGUUGGUUAUGAUGUUUACCAGCGCUUCACUGCUCAGCUGCUACCGGUGCUGGUGGCUUGUUUCAAGCGGUGCUGGGACGCGAAAAAAGUGCCUCAGAGCUGGAAGCUUGGCCUGGUUCGUCUCCUUUACAAGAAGGGUGAACGUGGCGACCCGGCGAACUGGAGACCGAUCUGUCUCCAGCAAGCGAUUUACAAGCUUUACGCAGGGGUUCUAUCCAGACGUCUGGUGCGGUGGAUGGAUGCGAACGAUCGUCACGCACCUGGGCAGAAAGGAUUUCGCGCAGUCAAUGGCUGUGGGGAACACAAUUUCCUCGCGGCUACACUGAUCGACACCGUCCGCCGAAAGAAGCGGACGCUCUACGAAGUCUGGUACGACUUCAAGAAUGCUUUUGGCAGCGUGCCUUUCAAGUUGCUAUGGGACUCCUUGUUUCGCUUAGGUGUCCCGAUGGAGUACAUCAAGAUGUGCCAAGGUCUCUAUGACAAGGCGAACUUUGUGGUUGGCAACGCCGUGGAUGGGUUUACGGACCCGAUCGAGCAGCGUGUCGGUGUCUUCCAGGGGUGCCCGCUGAGCCCACAACUGUUUUCGGCGGCUAUCAGCCCGCUCCUUUAUGCACUCCACCGUCUUCCUGACUCUGGCGUCCAGCUUUCUGGUGACGACCGACCAGGCGUAACGGCGUACGCGGACGACCUCAAGAUAUUUAGCGCGUCGAAGGCUGCCGUUACCCGGCAGCAUGAGCUUGUUGCUGAGUUCUUGAAGUGGACUGGGAUGGAAGCUAAUCCGUCCAAGUGCAGAAGCUUGGGGUUAGGGCGCAACGGCGGGAACAUUGUGGCCGAUGACCUGCAGCUGUCGCUAGCGGGCGCACCGAUCCCCGCGAUGACCCACAUGCAAUCCUACACUUACUUGGGGGUCGGUGAUGGUUUUGACCAUGUCUGUCGACGUAUCGAGUUAGCGCCCAAGCUCAAGCAACUGAAGCAAGAUACAACUGCGUUGCUGGCCUCAGGUCUUGCACCGUGGCAGGUGGUCAAGGCCGUCAAAGUUUACCUGUAUCCGAGGGUGGAAUAUGCUCUCCGGUACCUGCGACCAGAUGAUCAGUACCUGGAGAGCUUUGACCUCCACCUUCGGCGGGGUCUUCGGCACCUGCUUCGGCUUCCGACCAGCGCGAACAACGACUUCUUCUACGCGCCUGUGUCUCGUGGUGGUUUGGGGUUCUUACCGCUGGUACAGCUGCACGCAGCGCAACAAAUCGCUCAUGGGUGGCAGAUGCUCCAUUCUCCGGACGCUGCCAUCCGUCGUAUUGCUCGCGAGCAGCUGCGCCAGAUCGCGGACAAGCGUCAUGUGUUGGACCCCGCCUACUGGAAGCAGCGUGGUGAUGAACUGUGUGAACGCUUUCUGAAUGACGACUUGGGAUCAUCGCCCCACGCUCCACCGAAGCGUCGGAAUGGCGACAUUGGCUCGCUCUGGGUCGAUGUGCGCAAGAACAUCAAGGUCUACGGAUUAAAGUUUGAGACCGCGCCGGCUGACCUUGACUCGGGGGACCCUGCCCAGACACUACAGCUUCGCGUGCCUCACCACACUGCUUAUCUUGACCACAAAAGCGUGCUGAGGCACGUGAAGCAACACAUCAAGAACCUGCACUGGCAAGCCUGGUGUCGCCGCAAGGAUCAAGGCAAGACGGCUCGCGUGCACGGUGGCAUUGGAAGUGGGUUUUUGACCCGACCUCGAGGCUUGUGGGAGAAUGACUACCGCUUUGCGGUAGCGGCUCGCCUGAACAUGAUCGACACUGGCGAUUCACUCGCGCGUAGACGCCUUCGCGCGCAUGACCGGUGCCGAUACCCGGGCUGUCGGUGGAAGGAGACACUUGCUCACGUACUCAACCAUUGCCCGGGUACGAUGGACGCUAUCCGUGGUCGCCAUGAUGAUGCCCUUAAAGAAAUUGAGCGCACCCUACGAGCUUCAUCUGGCGACCGUCAAGGGCGGACCGAGCUGCGGGUAAAUCAGACGGUGCCAGGUAUGCCCGGUGCAGCCUUGCGACCUGAUCUACAGGUCUUCAACCACGAUUUACGAACCGUGGCUGUUGUCGAUCUAGCGAUUGCGUUUGACGUUCAAGAGCGGGACGACCCUUCGAGCUCGGGGCUGACCCAGGCCUAUGCAGCAAAGGUCCUGAAGUAUGAAGGUAUCAAGAAGCACCUCGAGCGACAGGGAUGGACCGUGGAGCUCUCGGCGCUCGUGUACGGUUCUCUUGGAUCGGUUGCUCCAAGCAAUUUCAAGGUUCUUACGGAGCACCUGGGACUGUUGAAGCGGGACGCCAAGCGACUGGACCGAUGCCUCUCUGUCUCGUGCAUCCAAUCCAGCCGCCGUAUCUGGAACCUGCAUUGUUCCAAGCAUCGUGCUCGUCAGCACCAUGUGUCGCCUCAAGCCUUGGGUCCAAGGGGAAGGCAGGUGACUGAGACCGGGGGGACUCCGUCGCGUACCGACCGCCGCUAG